AUGGAAGACCUCUCAGUGACUCCCCGGUCCAUUGAACCCCAGACCUCCCCUCCUCCUCCUCCACUCACACAAACAUCACCGUCUUCCUCCUCCUCAUCCUCCAUGGGCGUCAAACGCAUCCGCGUCGUCGAGGGCUCGUGCUGGUCCUGUAGGAAGCGCCGGAUCAAGUGCGACCUCGCCAAGCCGCGGUGCGAGCGUUGCUGCCGCGUCGGCGCGACGUGCGAGUACGCCGCCAGGCCCAUCCGGUGGUGCACCAAGCCGACCGCCGCCGCCCCGGCCCGGUUCCAGGUCGUCCCCUCGGCCGUCGACCAGCUGGCCGCCCCGCUCGGCGCCCGCGAGAAGCGCGCCCUGACCUACUUCGCCGGGCGGUUCUGGCCGCUGCUGACCACGACGCCCGACCCCUGCGCCCUGCCCAUGGUGCUCGUCCUCGAGCACCGCGUCCUGCUGCUGACGGCCUGCCUCGUCGCCGACACGCACCGCGUCCUGCAGGACGGCCGCAACAGCCGCAAGGGGCCCCAGCUCAAGCGGCUCGAGUGCCUCUCCGCCGUGCGGAGCCAGCUCAACGAGGACUGCUCCAGCUCCGGCGACGAGGUGCCCUGGACGGGGCUGCUGCUCGCCGUCCUGCUGCUCUACUUCCACGACGGCUACCUCGAGUGCGCCGAGAAGUCGGCGUCCACCGCGAGCCACCAUGCGGGCGCCAACGCCAUCAUCGAGCGGCUUGGAGGCGUGGAGGUCGUCCUGGACACCGGGCCCGAGGCGCUGCACCUGCUCGUCUCUGAGUUUGCCUCGACCGACCUCACCACGGCGAUGCUCAACGGCGGGCGGCCGAGUUUCUCGCCGCAGAUGUGGGACAAAAUUGACCGACGAUCCGUGUGGUGGAGUCGCGACCCCAACGCACGAUUUCUCUCGCUGGCCACAGUCCUGGGAUGCAUCUCGAGCAUGGUGCAUUACCUCGACGACGUGAACAGCGGGCUGGUCACGCAUUCAGACGAGAGGGUCCGCGAGUUCGAGAUGGCCCUCACACCCACGUACGCCGGCUUCUCGACGUUGUCCUGCGGAGUUUACACAGGUCCCGAGGACGAGGACCUGGAAGCUGUGCAUGCGUACGCGCUCACCCGGUCGUUCCAGCAUGCGGGCCUCAUCUACCUCUACCGAGCCAUCUGCGGCCUCCCCAUGGACCACUGGCUUGUGCAGCAGCAUGUGUUGCCCUGCUUGGACUGCAUCCUCAACGUGAAGAGACCCUCCAAGGUCGUCAACUGUGCUUUGUUUCCGCUUCUUGUCGCCGGUACGCACGUGCAGUCGGCGCGGCAUCAGCGGGAGAUUGUCAAUGUUCUGAAUCUACUUCACGAUCGGAUGAAGUUUGCGUCUGUACAGUCGGUCAGCGCUGUAUUGAACGACAUUUGGAACUCAGACCCGGGGAAUAUGGCGUGGUUCGAAAUGUUUACGGGAUUGGGGACUGAUGCUGCUGUAUUAUAA